GGGGCUCAGCCGCGUAACCACCGCCGUCGCCCCGUCCUCCAUGCCGGGCGGUACUUGUGCCUGCGUCUUCCGGCAGUAGAGAGCGGCGGUGGGAGCGGACCACAAUGAACGUGGAACAUGAAAUUAGCCUCUUAGUUGAGGAGAUUCGGCGGCUGGGGACCAAAAAUGCCGAUGGACAAGUGAGCGUGAAAUUUGGUGUGCUCUUCUCUGAUGAAAAGUGUGCCAACCUCUUUGAAGCCCUAGUGGGAACUCUUAAGGCUGCAAAACGACGAAAGAUUGUCACUUAUCAAGGAGAGCUGCUUUUACAAGGUGUUCAUGACAAUGUUGAUAUCAUGCUACUGCAAGACUGAUGCAGUGUGCAUUUCAGCAGUGUUAAUUGUAUUGUUGGAGACGGCGACUUCCAACGUCCUCUGAAUCAGACUGAUCAUUCUUAUGUGUUUUGACGCAUUUUCUAUAUCUUUAUAGUUGAAAGGAAAUUUUCCUAUUUUGGAAAAACAUUCCCUUUUGUGAUUCUUCCUAAAACAGUACUGUACAUGAUCAAGGUAAAAAGAUGCCAGUUCUUUUUAUUCUUUUUUUUUUUUUUUUUUUUUUUUUUAAAUCUCAGGUAAUACUUUUUAAUGGUGGUUAUUUUCAACAUAUGAAGAAUGGAACUGGUAUUUUAAUGUUUACAAAUCAAAACAUGCCAUGAAAGUAAAAAAUAAAGGAACACACAUCAGUUCAUAUAAUUCUUAUUAGUUGUUUCUCUCUCUUCUUAUUUGAAGUGGAAAUGAAAACAAACAGAAUUUCUGUAAGCAGUAUGGUUAAGUGACAUAAAACAUGGCAGUGAGAUAGAAAUGAUUUUACUGCAUGAUGCAGUCAAAGAAUGCCCAUUCUUUGGAGUGGGGAACAGCAAUAAAAGCAUUCUAAGAGCUGGA